CGCUGGACGCUGUGCUGCGGUUGUUGUUUAGCCUGCAGCCGUUGUCCUGCUGAUUGUCCAGCCAGAAAGAAAGAAAGAAAUGUUUUUGAAUUAGUUGUUCAGCCUUAACCUGCAGUCGGGCUCACCUGCAGCUCCUCCACCUCCUGCUCCAUGAGGCGGCCGGACGUUUCAGCAACAUUUAACGGCAACGCGUCUGCCAGCAGCUAGCUCAGCUCACCGGCUAAUUAGCCGCUUAGCUGGCUCCGCCGGCGGAUUUCAGGAUGGCGUCUCCCUUCAAGAUCCCCAAGAAGAAACACCCUGAAGGCUCUGACUCCAGCUCCAUGCACAUGCAGUCACCCCUGUCCCGCCUCCAGAGCUCUGCCCCUCAGCUUAAGGGUUACGGAGAUCAUUCCGGCAGAGGUGGAGCUGACAGGACUGCUGUGGGUGCCUCCUCAGACAGACAGAGGACGCCGUGUAAGCCGCUCUUCAGAGACGUCGUCAAGACGCUGCUGGGACUCAACAGCCCCAACAAGGGCGCUGCUUCGGAAACCAGUCACAGGGCGGCAGGCAGGUGGAGCAGCCAAUCACAGGCGGGGAAGAGAGGCGAGUCGUCGAGCUGUUUGUCAAACGGAUGGCGUCCUAAGAGAGCAUCUGACCGACUGCUGCAGCCUGAGUCGGCCUCAGAAUACCUGUCUCCACCACAGAAGAAGAAAGCUUCGAUUGGUAAAACCGUCUCUGUGGACUCUGUGGACACUCUGGCUGAGCUCAGAGGUGACCGGCAUGCUGGGAGUUUGAGUUCUUCUCCGCUGGCUGACAAAAGGUGGAGGAGAUUUGAGUCCAAGGAAGAUGCUUCUGAGAAGAAGAGUGACACAGGAAGUCCUCCUGAAUCGCCCCUGAAACAGCAGAAGAACCCGUCUGUCCGUCAGACCCCACCCUCAGGUGUCCAAAGACCCUCCUCUGCUACCAGGUCGUCUUCCUCCAUCUCCAUGGUCUUAUCGUCAAGGACGACGCCGGACAGGAAGCAGCGCCUGGACGGUAGGGUGCGGCUCGGCACCGACCUGAAGGCUGACGACAGGGAGAAGGAGAAAGAGAGAUGGAGGCAGUUCAGAGAGAAGAAUAAGAACCACAGGUCGGCCGUCUUGCACGUCCGACUGAGGAAUCCCAAACCGAAGCCACGGGAACCGAGCGAACCGAUCGUGCUGUCCAGUGAGGAGGAGGAAGAGGAGGAGGAUGGUGAGGGAAAUGGAGAUGGACGGGUGGACAAAUCCCACCAGGGACACUCAGAGAAGGUGCAGGCUCCCAGACCCUUACCUGUGACGCCGCCUUCCUUCCUGCAGCUGGAGUUCAUCUCGCUCCACGCCGGCCUGACGGCUGCAGACGCCAGCGGGACGCUGAUGAUCACUGAAAGCGGGAUCACGAUCCCUGUGAAAGGGGUGGAGGAGGGCGAGGUGACCGUGGUGGCAUCUCAGGUUCGGGGUUAUGGCCUGUGGGAUGGGGGCGUGGCUAAGGGCGGGACUCUGCUGGCCGGUUGGGAGGGCCCCGCCCCCUCGCUGCUCUUCCUGUGGGUAACGGAUGCUCAAUCCAGUCUGCUGCAGAGGGAGCUGUCCUCCAUCCAGACCUCCUCCUCUGGUCCUCCGUGCCCCUUCGUCCUGCUGCUGUUGAAGGAGCAGCUGCAGGAGCUCCAGGCCGCCCUGCUCGCCUCCAUCCUGGACAUGGAGGAGUACAAAAGCUCCUCCUCCUCCUCCGAGGGCCCGGCCCCCCUUCUGGACUGGGCUAGCGGGCUGCUGCUCCUCCACAGCUGUCCUCCUCCCGUGGACCAGCACCUCCUCAGACUGCUGGGACACUCCACGAGGUCGAGUCAGCUGACCAGAAGUCAGAGAAACAAGUGCAGCCUGAACUCUGCUGGUCUGCAGCAGCUUCCUACCAGGCUCAUCCAGUAUCCUGUGGCCCCUUGUAAAGGCCGCAUCACCGUGACCAAGGAGGACCUGGCCUGUCUGGGCGCCAGCGAGUUCCUCAACGAUGUCAUCAUCGACUUCUACCUCAAGUAUCUCCUGCUGGAGGGCGUUGGUGGCUCGGUGGCUGAGAGGAGUCACGUCUUCAGCAGCUUCUUCUACAAGCAGCUGAGCAGACGGCGAGCGGCCGGCGAGGACGACGCCCCCUCUGUCCCUGACCGUCACACGCGGCAUCAGCGGGUGAAGACGUGGACUCGCCACGUGGACAUUUUCACCAAAGACUUCCUGUUCGUGCCUGUCAAUCAAGAAGCUCACUGGUACCUGGUGGUGGUGUGUUUCCCGGGGCUGGAGGAGGCUCGGUACGAGGAGUUCCAGAGCCGAGCAGGUAAAUCAGGAGCUGCAGGAACACCAAACUCCAGCCUCACAUCGCAGCAGCCACCAGAGUGCAGCGAGCAGGGCUGGAAGAAGGACACGGUCUUAAAGAGGCCGUGCAUCCUCGUCAUGGACUCACUGAAGCUGUCGUACCACGACAACGUCUGCAGACUCAUCAGAGACUACCUGCAGGUGGAGUGGGAGGUCCACAGGAAGUCACCUCGUCUGUUCACCUCAGACAGCAUGAAGAGCUUCAACUGCAGAGUCCCUCAGCAGGACAACAGCAGCGACUGUGGACUCUACCUGCUGCAGUACGUCGAGAGCUUCCUGCAGAACCCGGUGGUGCACUUCGACCUCCCGCUGCGGUUGGAGAGCUGGUUUCCGCGGCAGCGAGUGCGACAGAAGCGUCAAGAGAUCCGGAGUCUCAUCAUGAAGCUGCACCAGAGUCAGCUGAAGAAGGGGGAGGAGCCAAAAGCAUCGCCGAGCUGCUAACUCGCCACCACUGCUGCACUGACUGCUUCCUGUUUCACUCAGACUUUCUGUGAAUGUACAUAACUUUCUACUGACACUUCCUCUUUUAUAAAAUAAAAGUAUUUAUUUUAA